CUGAUCCGCUGUCCCCUUUCAGUGUUGGCUCGCGCGCCACAACAGAAGGAGGUUAUGAAGAAAUUUAUAUUCGUACUACUCUCACUAGCAGCGUUCGCGCAUGCUGAGAACAUCGUUAUAGAAAAUGACAUCGAGUUGGAAUCAUAUAAGAACGAGAUAUGGACUUGGAAAUGUAACGACAAAGGCUGCGAAAAAGAAGCUUUGGCUGACGGCGGGCGUCCGAUAAGCGUCGAAGUGUGCCGAGUCGCCUGCCCAACUUCAGGGGUCCUCUGGCCUAAGCCGAUCAAGAGCACCAUCUCCACCACCUUGGUCAAGCUAGAUCCCUAUGGCCUGUCCAUAGCCAACUUAGAAGGAAUUGGAGGUGGCAAAGAAGCAUCUGAAAUGAUCCAAGGUGCUUUUGAGCUGUUCACUGAGAGGAUCAGGAAUCUUGACAAAAUUGGAAGUGCUUCAGGACAAGGAUUUGACAUAUACUUUAACGUUAAGCAUCCAGAGAAUUUUAGAUAUGUACAAGGAGUCAACGAAUCAUACCAUCUAACCGUGAACCCUGGUCAACACGGACGUUUGAACGCAACAAUCUGUAGUGAGACACUCCUGGGAUCCAGGCACGCUCUCGAAACCUUGGGUCAGUUGAUUGUUCGUGACUCUUUCAGUGGUUCCAUUCUGACUCCAUCUUCGGUGGAGAUCUUCGAUGGUCCAUCCUACACGCACAGGGGUCUCACUUUGGACACAGCCAGGAACUUCAUCAGCGUCCCUGCUAUCAAACGUACUUUGGAUGCGAUGGCAGCUUCCAAGCUGAAUACAUUUCACUGGCAUAUCACUGACUCGCAUAGCUUCCCAUUUGAAUCUCGAACAUUCCCAAACCUCACCAAAUAUGGAGCUUAUUCUAAAAAUAAAAUCUACACCGAAAAAGACAUACAAGAUAUCAUCAGGUUCGCAACCGUGAGAGGCAUCCGGAUAGUUCCCGAGUUCGACGCACCCGCCCACGUCGGCGAGGGGUGGCAAUGGGUUGAGGACGCCGUUGUCUGUCUUGCGGCCGAGCCAUGGCAGACUUACUGCGUCGAACCUCCCUGCGGCCAGUUGGAUCCCACCAGCGAAAACACUUACAAAAUCCUCGAUGGCAUUUACUCCGAUUUGACCAGGCUGUUCAAGAGCGAUCAAUUCCACAUGGGAGGUGACGAGGUCAACAUCAAGUGCUGGGAGUCGGUCGAUCGCAUUACUCGCAAUAUGAAGAAAAUGGGAUUGGAAGCGGACUUGGAAGGAUACCACACAUUAUGGUCCAAGUUCCAAGACAGGGUGAGGAAAAUACUUAGCGACAAGGCAGGGGACAAGGUGAAACCAGUUCUCUGGACAAGCACCCUCACCGAAGGCGAUCGGCUCACCAAAUUCCUCAACAGUUCCGACUACAUUAUUCAGAUUUGGACGAAGAUGGACGACCCAACUAUCGCUCACUUAGUAAACAAUAGUUUUCAAGUCAUCUUCUCUAACUACGAUGCUCUUUAUUUCGACUGCGGUUUUGGAGCUUGGGUAGGGGACGGAAACAAUUGGUGUUCUCCGUACAUUCCUUGGCAGAAGGUCUAUGAGAACGAUCCUAGGACGAUCUUGUCGAAGUUGGGAAUUGCACCAGAGCUUCAACAUUUGGCAAUCGGCGCUGAAGCAGCUUUAUGGACUGAGCAAGCCGACGAUUCUUCCAUUGAUAACAGAUUUUGGCCUCGAGCUUCUGCGAUGGGAGAAGCACUCUGGUCUGGCCCAGGGUCAUGGAAAGGAGCUGAACACAGACUUCUCUUCCACAGGGAGAGACUCGUCGAACGAGGAGUACAAGCUGACACAAUGCAACCUCAAUGGUGUCUCCAGAAUCAAGGAAGCUGCUAUCUAUAAGAUUCAUUUUUUUUUCUCAAUUAUUCAUCAAAUUAAAUAUUGUUCUUGUUGAUUGAAAUUAGGGUAUACAAUUUUUUGUGCAGGUACCUGAAGCGGAAAGUUCAAGUGAAACAUAACCUAUUUUUUUAAAUUGGGCCAUUAAAAACGUAAAAAAGUGAUUUAUAUAAAAAAAAAGUUUAAAUGCUGUAAGAUUACAGAAAUAAAUUGAAAACAAAGCAAUACUUCAUAAAAUUGUCACUAGUUGAAGUACCCUAAAACUAUUUCUAUUUAUUUUUAUUAUAUAAACUG